AUGAAAAUAGGUAUUAUUAAUCUAUUUAAAUAGCUCCUAUCAUUUAUUUAAUUCUUUAAGGAAGCACUUUAGCGAUUUAUAUCAUCCUCAAUCCUUAAGUCUUUGAUUUUUCAACAUUUUCUUUUUAUUAUUUUGCUAUUGUAAUGAUAUUGUCAUUUGGAUUUUAUGCUUAAACUUGCUUUAAAGAUGUAAAGAGAUAUUUAAAAUUAGCCUGGUUAUCUUAUAAUAAGAAGUCCUUAGAAUACUGAAUGUUCAAAUUAAAUCACAUAAAAACGCAAAAUGUUCUAAUUUUAAGCCUUACCAUCAAAUGUUAGAACCUAUCCUAUUAUGGAAUAACAAAAUCCAAUUUAAGAAUAAAAAUCAGAAAAUGAAAAGUAUAUGUUUUAAAUAUUAAAGAGAAUUACCUUGUGAAGCAUCAAUAGAAGUUAAUCAAUUACCAGAAUUUGAUAUCAAUUAAAUUCCAUCUUUUACUAAGACUCCUGAAAAGUUUCCAUCUCCUUUCAAAGAAAAUAAUACAUAAAAAAUAUUUCAAGAUUUCGAUUCGAAAUAACCAUCUACAUAAGCAUUUUCAAUAACAAGUUAAAAUGAACAUGAAGUUAUUGUUCCUAUAACAAAUAAUAAUAAUAUAUCUACUAAUGGUUAAAUAAAUAAAUAAGAAGAAAAUCUUUCAUUAAAAUGUUAAAGUGAAGAAAAAAGAAAGAACAACAAAAUUGAACCAUCAUUAACAAUUUAAGUACAUUCUGUUUAGAAUGAAUAUAUAAGUGAAUAAUAUUCUCCAGGAAUGUCAGAGAGAAAUAAAAUUACUUAAUCUACUAGAACAGCAAAUAAAAUAUUCAUAGAAAAGAGGUUCUCAAAUUUUAAUAUUAUAUUAAUUAGAUAUUGUCCAAUCUGUUCUAUUGAUCAAUUAGCAAGAGCUAAACAUUGUUAAUCUUGUAAUAAAUGUGUUGCAUGUUAUGAUCAUCAUUGUCCUUGGGCUGGUAAUUGCAUAGGAGAAAGAAAUAGAUGUGUUUAUUAUUGGUUUUUAGUAUUUUAAAUUUAAGAAAUAUACUAUGCCUUUUUUAGCGUAUGAAAUUUCAAUAAACUAGUUUUUAGACAAUACAAAACUUUGAUUUUCAACAUUACAAUCCUCUCUUCAAAAUUUUUUCAAUUUACUUUUUUACAAUAAACAUAUUUUUCGGAAUCUUAGUGACAAGAUUAUUAUGCUUUUAAACAUUUCUUUCAUUUCAAAAUUUAACAACUUGUAAUUUUUUUAUUUAUUUUUUAUAGGGGAAUUUUAUAGUUGGAAUAAGAUCUCUUAUUUGUAAGAAUUGAAAAAAAAGAAUGGAUCUCCAUUUAGUUAUGGAUGGAAAAAAAAUAUAUAAACAUAUUGUAGAUUUCAAAUACCACAAUUAACAAUCUGGGAAUACAACUCAGAUAGAAUUUAUAAAUGAGG